AUGAGCUCCGCCGGAUCGCCGCAACGCUCGGUGCACGAUGCCUUGCUCGUUGAAUGCGCAUGGGAAGUGGCCAAGUGAGUUCUUUCCUUCGAGAUACCGCCCAAGGAAGAGAAGGAGGGUGGCGCGGAGGGAUGAAUGGACGAAUCGUUUUCCGCUGCCGCCACCUUUCCCCGAUGUGGACGACUGUGGCUUCGAGUGAUCCCCGUAGGACGAUGUAUUGACCCAUGCCCCCCAUCUUUUGCUUCUCCUCUUUCAGCAAAGGUUAGCUCUUUUUUAAUACAAGACGAGGUUUGAGGCGGUGCGCCCGCAGCGGAGGGGUGGGGGGAGGGGUCGAGCCGGCCGGCAGCCAGGCGGUGGGCCAGAGUGGGCCCGCUGUUACCGCCUCCGCCCAUGGCUCGUGCUCUUCGAUGUACUUCAUCGCUCGACCAGCUUCAUCGUGUACACCGGAGCGCAGGCUCGAUGCUUACCAACACUGAAGCAGCGUGGUGGUGUCGGAGCGCACGUCUCGGUCUCGACCGGUCUCUUUUGGUGGUGGUGACCGCAUCGGCUGCUCACGGGCGCCGAUGACCUCGUGAUCUUUUUUCCCUGCUCCUGCUCGACAACAGCACCCAGCGCUCUCGGUCACUGUCCUACGAGCAAAGGGAAGCAUCCGAGGGUACCCGCAUUACCGCCUCGGAUAUUUCGAUAUUGCUCUCUCGGAGAUUACCCAGGAGCGCCCCUUUUCCUUUUUGAUCGAUCAGCUGACUCUUCUCCUGUUCUGCCCCACUGGCUCGAUGACGAAACCCCACACCACCCCACCCGCACCCGCGUUGUUCCCUCUUCGCUCCUCUCUCCUCUCGGCUCUCUCCGCUCCGAACCACAACCUCGCACCGUCGGCUCCACCCCUCGGCAUCUCGGCAUGCUACAGUCGGAGGUAUCUACACCGUCAUCAAGACCAAGGCGCCCGUCACGUGCCAAGAGUAUGGCGACCGCUACCUCUUGAUCGGCCCCUUGUCCUACAAGUCCGCCCCGAUGGAGGUUGACGCGAUCGAUUGGGAGGCUCCCCCCAAGGAGGGUGAGAGUGAGUCCAGAACACUUUGAAGCUUUCUGAAGAAAUCAAGACUGACAGGAUGUCCUCCCCCCACCCCAGCCCUCUCCAACACGGACAAGGCGCUGCGUGACACGCUCGCCUCGAUGCGCGACCGAGGCGUCAAGUUCCUUUACGGUCGCUGGUUGAUUGAAGGUGGACCCAAAGUGCUCUUGUUCGACACGGGAUCGGUCUGGAGUCGCUUGGACGAGUGGAAGACCGAUCUGUGGAACCUCGCCGGCAUCCCUUCGCCGCCGAACGACACCGAGACGAACGAGACCAUCUUGCUCGGUUACUUGGUCGCUUGGUUCCUGGGAGAGGUGAGUUGGUCCAUGGUCGUACAUUCGAAGCUCUUACCUAAUGGUGCGAAUUCGGUCACGCGCAGUUCUCCUCCCGCGAACGAUCGCGAGCCAUCAUUGCGCACUUUCACGAGUGGCAGGUCGGUCUCGCGAUCCCUUUGUGCCGCAAGCGUCACAUCGACGUCACGACCAUCUUCACGACCCACGCCACUUUGCUCGGUCGAUACCUGUGCGCUGGCUCGGUCGACUUCUACAACAACCUCGCCUACUUUGACGUCGACCACGAGGCCGGCAAGCGAGGCAUCUACCACCGCUACUGCAUUGAGCGUAGCUCGGCCCAUUGCGCCGAUGUGUUUACGACCGUGUCGCACAUCACCGCGUACGAGAGUGAACAUUUGCUCAAGCGCAAGCCUGGUCGGUCGCAACCGGGUUUCAGGCGAUCAUGCCGGGGCCAGAAACUGAUCCUACACUCCGAACGCCCCACUUCGCAGACGGUGUCCUGCCCAACGGUCUCAACGUGACCAAAUUCUCGGCCAUGCACGAGUUCCAAAACCUGCACGCGCUGUCCAAGCAAAAGAUCAACGACUUUGUCCGAGGCCACUUCUAUGGCCACUACGACUUUGACCUCGACAACACCUUGUACUUCUUCACCGCCGGUCGCUACGAGUACCGCAACAAGGGUGUCGACAUGUUCAUCGAAUCGCUCGCGCGGCUCAACUACCGCUUGCAGCAGAUGGGCACCAAGAUGACCGUCGUCGCCUUCAUCAUCAUGCCCGCCGCGACGCACUCGUACACGAUCGAGGCGCUCAAGGGUCAGGCUGUGACGAAACAACUUCGUGAUACGGUGACCGAGAUCCAGAAUCGCAUCGGUGCUCGAUUGUUCGAGAGGACCGCGCGCUACACUGGGUACGUGCUUGCUCGUAUUCUAAGGUACUCCCAGACUUCAAGCUGCUCACAAGACAAAGGGUGUACUCACAGUGAAUCCGGAACCGAAGUCCCCGACGCCGCGUCGUUGCUCUCGGACGAGGACCGAAUCUUGCUCAAACGCCGAGUCUUUGCCCUUCGUCGCAAUUCGCUCCCGCCCGUGACAACGCACAACAUGGCCGACGACGCCGCUGACCCGAUCUUGAACCAGAUCCGUCGCGUGCAGCUGUUCAACCGAGGGACCGAUCGCGUCAAGAUCAUCUUCCACCCCGAGUUCCUCAACGCCAACAACCCGAUCCUCGGCCUCGACUAUGAAGAGUUCGUGCGAGGGUGCCAUCUCGGUGUGUUCCCUUCGUACUACGAGCCGUGGGGUUACACUCCCGCCGAAUGCACGGUUAUGGGUGUACCGUCGAUCACGACCAACUUGUCCGGUUUCGGUUGCUACAUGGACGAGCUGAUCGAGAACUCGGACGACUACGGCAUCUACAUCGUCGAUCGUCGCCAAAAGUCGGUCGAGGACUCGGUCAACCAACUGACGGAUCAGAUGGUCUCGUUCUGCACCAAGACGCGUCGCCAACGUAUCAACCAGAGGAAUCGCACCGAGCGUCUCAGCGACUUGUUGGACUGGAAGAAGCUCGGACUCGAGUACGCCAAGGCGCGUCAGCUCGCAUUGCGUCGCGCGUACCCCGACUCGUUCACCGACGACGACUUUGACUUUGAAUCGGGACAAGUCCGCGUCCCUCGACCCAUGUCGGCGCCUGGCUCGCCCCGUUUCCUCUCGGGCAUGAUGACGCCAGGAGAUCUCGGCACGUUGACGGAGGAGAUGCAAUCGCUCGGCACGUCGGACUACAUGGGCGCGCAGACGUGGGAGUCGAUGAUGUCGCGCAACAACAAGAACGACGACGACGAGGACGCGUACCCGUUCCCUUUGGUGAUGAAGAAGCGAGGCGGAUCGGUCUCGUCCGGGCUGGCGAGUGGUCAGACGACGCCCGGUGGGGUCAAGUCCGCGGGCAAGCAAAAGGUGUUGAACGAGGAGGACUUGCAGCGUGCUGAUGAGGCUCUUAACCACCGUGAGUUGAGUCAGAUUUCGUUCAUUUGCUUCGAGAUUGAUGCUCAUCAUUUCGAAUUUACUCUAUUCUUUGUAGACACCAACGGCGACACGAUCGGUCGCUAG